AAAGAAGAAAACACGUUAAACUUGACGUGGACUUAACUAGCUGGCCCACUUUAUUAAACAAUAAUGUGCUAGAAUUUCUAACAAUUAAAGUAUUAUAAGACAAGUGAUUUAGUUCAUUAAUCAGAUACAUGUUAUUUCUUGUAUGAGGAUGGAUCUAAAUGUUAAAAUGUAUACUAUUUUGUGUUCCAUACUGCUAACACUACUUCUAAGUCAAAAUGCGGAAGGUGCGGCAGUGAUAUCUAUUGAUUUGGGAUCGGAAUGGAUGAAAAUAGGCAUCGUGUCACCUGGUGUACCUAUGGAGAUUGUUUUAAAUAAGGAAUCUAAACGCAAGACGCCGGCUGUGGUUGCAUUUCGAGAUGGUGUGAGAACAUUUGGAGAAGACGCUGUUAAUGUGGGUGUAAGAUUCCCCAAGAACACAUACAAAUUUUUCUUAGAUUUGUUGGGGAAGUCAUUUGAUCAUCCAUUGGUGAAAGCAUACAAGGAGAGGUUCCCAUAUUAUGAUUUGGUGGCAUCUGACCGUGGUACUCCCAUUUUUGUACAUGAUGAGAACACAAAGUUUACCCCAGAAGAACUUGUUGCUCAACUUUUAGCCAAGGCAAAGGAGUUUGCUGAAAUCAGUCAUGGACAACCUAUUAGUGAAUGUGUAAUCACUGUGCCUGGAUACUUCAAUCAAGCUGAAAGGAGAGCUCUUAAGGAUGCAGCGGCUUUGGCGGGACUUAAUGUACUGCAACUUAUCAAUGAUUAUACUGCUAUUGGUAUUAACUAUGGAAUAUUUAGACGGAAAGAAAUCAAUGAGACAGCUUGGUACACACUGUUCUAUGACAUGGGAGCUGUAUCAACCAAAGCGGCUCUGGUCGAGUACAAAACUGUCAAGAUAAAGGAGAAGGGUUAUGUGGAGACUGUACCACAAUUGCAAGUUAUUGGUGUUGGAUUUGACAGGACUUUGGGUGGUUUCGAAAUGACGUUGCGUCUUCGCGAGCAUUUGAUCAAGGCUUGGCUGGCGAACGGUGGCGGUGACGUCAGAGCAUCCCCCAGGGCUAUGGAAAAAUUACUGAGAGAAGCGGAAAGAUUGAAAAUUGUGUUGUCUGCUAAUACAGAACAUUAUGCACAGAUUGAAAAUCUCUUGGAUGAUAAAGACUUUAAGGUUCUGGUGACCCGGGCGGAGUUUGAAGAGCUUUGUUCAGAUUUAUGGAGUAGGGUAUCAGGAGUUAUCCAACGUGCGGUAGCAUCUGCUGCGGGUUCCGGAGAGGGGGCGAAGUUGGUGCUGGCUGGAGGCGCAGCCCGGGCGCCUGCCGUGCACGAAGCUCUGCGUAAAGUGGUGGGACAUGAACCAGCUCGAUCCAUCAAUGCUGAUGAAGCCGCUACCAUGGGAGCUGUGUAUAGGGCGGCAUCUCUGGCUACUGGUUACAAGGUUGCUCCAUUGAACGUCCGCGAUGCGGUCUUACUGCCCAUACAGGUCGUUUUCACCAGAAAUGUUGAUGGCAAUGAGAAAUUGAUCAGGAGAACAUUGUUUGGUCCCAUGAAUCCUUAUCCACAAAAGAAGGUAAUAACUUUCAAUAAACACACCGAUGACUUCUCUUUCAAUGUUAACUAUGCUGAGCUUGAUCAUAUACCAUCUACAGAAUUGAAAUACAUUGGUUCUCUAAACCUAAGUCAGGUUAUUCUGUCUGGUGUUAGUGAGGCUCUCGCAAAACAUACUGGAGAUAAUGUUGAACAUAAAGGUAUUAAAGCCCAUUUCAAUAUGGACGAUUCUGGUAUCCUCAAUUUGGUGAAUGUCGAAUUUGUAGCCGAAAAAACUGUGACUGAAGAAGAUAAUGAUAAAGACAGCACUCUGUCUAAAAUAGGAAGCACAAUCAGUAAACUAUUUAGCUCAGAUUCUGAAACACUAGAAAAAGUUGAAGAAAAGGCAGAAGAUAAACCAAAAGAAUCAGAAAAGAAUGAAACUAAGGCAAAUGAAACAACUACAGAGAAACAAAACGCAACUGAAACUGAAAGCAAACCUAAACCUAAAGUGGUUGUACUAAAAGAACCAAUUAAAAAUGAGGAACAGAUAUUAAAUUUGCAACCAUUGUCACAGGAUCAAUUCAAAGAAUCUAAAAACAAAAUCAAAGAAUUGAAUAUGAUUGAUAGGAAACGAGUCGAGAGAGAAUCCGCUUUGAAUAAUCUAGAAGCUUUCGUUGUCGACGCUCAGUUGAAAAUAGAUAUGGACGAAUAUGCCGAAUGUGGUACUCAGGAACAAAUUGAGGAAAUUAAAAAGUUAUGCAGUGAAACAUCAGAAUGGUUGUACGAUGAAGGUUACGAAGCUGAUACAGAGACAUAUGAAUCAAAACUAGCUCUGUUGAGAGAGAAAACUAAUCCCAUUUUCUAUAAAAAUUGGGAACAUAGGGAGAGACCUGAUGCCGUUGCUGCGAUCCGUAAAAUGCUUAAUUCUUCUCAAGAAUUUCUUAAAAUGGCAAAGAAUUUAACUAAAGACACUAAUUCUGAACGCGAUGUGUUUACGGAUGUUGAAAUUGAUGUUUUGGAAAAGAAAAUCAUGGAGACACAAUCUUGGCUGACCAAGUCAAUUGAAGAUCAGAAUCAAUUGAAGAAAAAUGAAGAUAUAAAAUUGACUGUUGACAGCAUUCGAGAGAAAAUGUCUAAUCUCGACAGGGAAGUAAAAUAUCUCGUCAACAAGAUGAAGAUAUGGCGGCCGAAGAAACCCGUAAAGAAAGACUCUGAUAAUAAAACUGAAACCGUAAUAGAGAACGAAAAAGAAGCCACCCCUGAUACAGCAGACAGAGCGGAGAAGACAGAGAAACCAGAAGUUCUUCCGGAACAGAAAGAAGAUACCGGUGGUGAGGAAACACUGCAGAUAUCUGAUGAGAAUCCUGAACAUUCCGAAUUAUAAUAGGUUUUCAAAUUUAAUUUAUUAGUCUAAUUUAUUUUUUACAUUGACAAACAUAUGGAAUUUGUUCACUUUUCGUAUAUACAGUCUCGCACAAAAGUAUGUUAGGUAAUAGAGGCUAUGUUCUGUAGUUGAUAGUGUUUGAGUAAAAUACUUUAUUCCUGUAAAAAAAAUAAGUUUAAAGUGUUACAUCACAAUAAAUGUUUUUUUUUUAAAUAUUAAGUGAAGAGUUUCACUGCAGGUAUAUGAAGAGCGAACAAGUUCAACUCAAGAUGAAAAUCUCAACUAUGAUUAUUCGCCGCCUUUUUUUAUUUCCUAUCGCUGUCAAUAUUGACAUAACAUAGACGUUGAGUUAUAUUAAAAAUGCUAUAAUUUUCAACUAAAAUUAUCCUACAAAUUUUGUUUGUAUUAUUUAAAUAUUUUCAUUUCAAAAUAUUAUUAGUACAAAUUUAUAAUCUGUUUUUUUAAACACUCCUCGUCUAUGGUUUGUCAUAAAAUAGGUAAAUUGGCUAUGGUAUUUUUUUUAUAUAUUUAUUUGAUUAACAAGAGCGGCGUUCCAGAAUGUUCUAUAAUAUUAUGCAAUGAACCCCAACUUGAUAACGCGAGCGUAUGUCUUAAUUCAAAAUGUGAUAUAGGUGAAUGUAAUUUUGCGAGUUUGGGACUGUUUUUCUGUUACCAAUACUAUAGUUUUUUUUUUAAUUGGGUAGAAAAAAUGGGUUGUUUUAUCUAGAUGUUAAUGGAUUUAGUAAAUGUAUAUUUUGUUUAUCAGUAUUUAAAAAAAAUACACUAUGGGGUUGCGAAUGAAGAUUUUUUUGUUUUAACAAUACGUAUAUCUGUAAAAUUGUGCAUUUAUACUAACACUAUAAUCUAUUAUUAUAAAUGUUUAGAUUAUUAUUAUAAGAUUUAGUGGAUCUCUCUAAUGACGCGUACUCUAUAAAUCAAUUACGAUAAGAUUUCAAUAUACGAUUAACCUAAAAUUGUAUUUAUCGUAUGUUUUCUUGUUUUUUUUUAAAUAAAUGUUGCUUCUUUAGGUAUUUUUUUUGGUAUCAGAAAACAGUUCGUGUAGUUUUACGUCUUUGAGAUUUGUUAACUAUCAUUACCCAGUCGCAAAUGAAAAUAAAUUAUUGAACGAACAUUA